AACUCUGCUGCUCUGCAUCACGUUGCAGAACUCCAUUUCCUGUAUGACUUCCCUGAGGCUGUAUCAGCUGCCCAGGCAAUGUCUGCGGUGGGCCGGGUAUAGGACUCUUUCAACGUAUACUCUCAGAGAUGCAGUACAGCGCGGUGCACCCAUCGAUGUCCAUCCUGAAGUCCAGGAUGCGCUCGCUCAUGGGCAACCUGUCGUUGCUCUCGAAACAACUAUUGUGACUCACGGGAUGCCAUAUCCAACCAAUUUGACGACUGCGAGGUCCGUGGAGAAGAACGUUCGCGCUAAUGAAGCCAUUCCAGCCACCAUUGGCUUGAUACAAGGACGAGUAAAAAUAGGUCUGAGGCCCGCUGAGUUGGAACGUUUGGCAGAUGUUGAGACGAAUACCGAUGUUGUGAAAGUAUCUCGAAGAGACAUCGGAGCUACCAUUGCCUUGAAGAAGGAUGGUGGGACUACAUGCAGUGCUACUCUCAUCUUUGCUGUGCUGGCUGGCAUCAAGGUAUUCGCUACCGGUGGACUGGGUGGCGUUCAUCGCGGCGGAGAGAAUACAAUGGACGUCUCCGCGGAUUUGCACGAACUCUCGCGUUGCUCUGUUGGUCUAGUUUCUGCUGGCGUUAAAUCUAUUCUCGAUAUUGGACGCACAUUGGAGUAUUUGGAAACUCUCGGUGUUCCAGUUGUGUCGUACGGGGAGACGAAUGAUUUCCCGGCUUUCUAUACAAGGAAAAGCGGCUUCAAGAGCCCCUGGCAGGUCUCCGACCCAGCCUCAGCAGCUAGAAUAUUACACUCUCAGCAACAACUAGGAAUGUCAAAUGGAACACUCUUUGCCGUUCCUAUUCCAGAGAAAUAUGAGGCAGUUGGCCAGAAGCUCCAAGAGUCGGUGGAGGUGGCUCUUGCAGAGGCGGAACAAAAAGGUAUCAAUCGGCUGGGCAAAGAAGCUACACCUUGGUUACUCAAACGCGUUGGUGAAUUAACUGAAGGCAAAUCUCUUGCCAGUAACGUCGCCCUGAUUGAGAACACGGCUCGCGUUGGUGCGCGAAUUGCUAAAGCAUAUUCCCAAUUGGCUAAGGACAUGGGCAUGAGUGGACCGCAAACAGACAAUGACAUGAGUAGAUCGGAAAUAUCAACAAGUGCCUUCAGGACUCUUCUCCAGUCGACUAGCGAAGGAGCUGACAAGGCAUCCACGCAUUCGCCACCAAAUAAGCCAGCUGGCAGGCUCGUUGUGGUCGGCGCCUCUGCCAUAGACAUCACCUCACAAGCCAACACAGAUGACCCUUCUGUUUCAUUGCAUUCAACCGUGCCCGGGACAGUCACGACCUCUCUCGGCGGGGUCGCGAGGAACAUGGCCGAAGCGGCGCACAGAAUGUUAACAUCAGCUUCAUCUGCACUAGAAGAUGCCACUGUACUCGUAUCACCUAUUGGAAGAGAUGCGUUUGGCAAGAUGCUCGUGAAUGAGACUGAACAGCUCGGUAUGCGCUCUGAUGGGUUCUUGCAUGUGAAUGACGGCCGAACUGCUGUUUGCAACAUGGUUCUGGACGGCUCGGGCGGUCUUACGGGUGGUGUUGCUGACAUGGAUAUUGUUCAAUCGGUUUCAGCUACGCAGGUAUUGGAUAUCAUACGCGUCCAUGAACCUAAAAUUAUCGCAGUGGACGGAAACCUCGGGGAAGAUACAGUACAGGCCAUAGUUGAACAUUCCACACGAGAGGACAUUCAAGUUUUCUUUGAACCAACUUCGGUAGUCAAGUCAACUCGUGUUCUACCCGCUGUCAAAGCAUCCAUUGAUACUUUAAACGGCAACCGGCCUCCCAUUGCAUACAUCUCCCCGAACAUAUUGGAACUGUCUUCGAUCUAUCAGGCUGUUAGAACCAAUGAUCUCACUGCGCACGAUGCUUGGUGGCGUAUCAUAGACGAUAUGGCUGUAGGUUCGGAGUUCCGGCUUGAUUUGGAACACCUUGCCCGUCGGGAUGCUUGCGAGACGAAUCGUGACAAGGGCACUCUAUCCUUCCUAGUCAACGACGGUGUGGCUCAAAUGGCUAUCAAUUUGUUGCCUUUCUUCCAGCACAUCAUAAUAAAAUGUGGCCAGCUUGGUGUUAUCGUUGUAUUCCGAGCCGAGAAGGGAUCACCAUGGUCACAAGAGCGGACGAAUAUUCGAUCUCGCCAGGUCGUCGCGCAUGGCAAGACUGGACAAAGCCUUGUAUUGAAGCAUUAUCCGGCCCGUCUUCUGGACGUGUCGAGCAUCGUCAAUGUUACUGGUGCUGGUGAUUCUCUUGUGGGAUCACUGUUGGCCAGUUUAGUGCAAGCACCCAGGAGCUUUCAGGAUUCGGCUGAGUUAGAUCGUAUCGUAGGGAUAGCCCAGAAGGCUGCUAUUGCAACACUGCAAAGUCGACUCGCUGUCGCGCCCUCUCUAUCUACUCUGUUUCAACUGAGAAUGUAGACCUCUCGUUGAUUCAAGCACCGGAGUGCAAAGGACCAACUGAGACGUGUUCUCGGGCACGUCUCAGCCUUUCCUUCUCUACAGACUGAGCAGCUCGUCUGCUUUCUUUAGCCCUCUUCUGGUAUCGAGCCUAAGAAACUUGUCAGCCAGUGUGACACACAUAUGUAGUAUAGACACUCACUUGAGCACCGUGCUUUAGUCUGGUGAUGAUGUUUGCAGCUUCCCCUUUAGUCAUUGUGGAUAUCUUCUCAGCUAUUGGUUUUGGCCCAGUUUUCUUCGCGGAAUCCUCCAAAUUUUCAAGCGCAUCAUCACGUUUACCCAACCGCUUUCGAAGCCACGCCUUUUGAUUGUCUGUGGCUGGGGCUUGUCGCCAUCUAGCUGUUCGCAGCAACCUGAAUGCAAGGAAAGGAAGACAUCAGUAGUAGGUUGAAGGUAAAUGCAUUCUAUCGUACCCUAAAGCCAUUGGCCCUGGGACAGCUUUUGUCCUAGCGUAGGUAUCACUUCCUUUCAAAGCGUCAGCCAAGCUCUUCGCGGUUAAGAUUUUCCUGCUGCGCUGGUAGGGUGAUAUCUUCAAAGUCAAGGCAGUUGCCAUAGGCAAUGUGGGAGGAGUAAAGAGGGCUUCAUAAUGCCGACCUGCAACCAAAAAUUCAUUGAGAUAGAAAGGUAGAUCUCGCUGUAGAUAAACGAACCUUGUUCGGUUUCCACAGGCUCUAUACGAAUAUAGCCUUUGCCC